CAUCCGAGCGGGCCUGGCCGGGGAGCGGCAACAAGGAGCAGCGUGAUGGCAGUUUAGGGCCGUUGGAGGAGAAAGCGGUUUUUCUCUGGCGAAGAGGAGGAGAAGGAGGAGAAAGGCGGAAGGGAGCUCCUCUGCCGCCAGGAUGCGCGAAGGGCUGAGGCGGCUUCAGCUGCUUAGGUGGCGGCGGCAGCAGCAGCAGCGGCCGGGAUAACUUAUAACAGAAGUCAGAUGCCUUGUGUAUUGCUACAUGUGUACUCUUGCCUUGGCUGAUGACUGAAACACUACUGAGAUGCAUCAGAAACUCUCGAAGAGCGCUCAUUACAUUGAGCUGGGAAGUUAUCAGUAUUGGCCCGUUCUCAUUCCUCGAGGAAUUCGUCUGUACACCUAUGAACAGAUUCCUGUGUUCCUUAAGGAUAAUCCUUACAUCACUGAUGGCUACAGAGCAUACCUGCCUUCCAGGCUGUGUUUAAAAAGCCUAUUCGUUUUGUCCAAUGAGACAGUCAAUAUCUGGAGUCAUUUACUCGGCUUCUUUCUCUUCUUCACUUUGGGCAUAUAUGAUAUGACUUCUGUGUUGCCUUCAGCGAAUGCCUCUAGAGAAGAUUUUGUUAUCUGUUCUGUUUGUCUUUUCUGCUUUCAGGUGUGUAUGUUGUGCUCAGUUGGGUAUCACCUCUUCUGUUGUCAUCGCUCAGAAAAGACUAGUCGAAGAUGGAUGGCAUUGGAUUAUGCAGGAAUUUCCAUUGGUAUCCUAGGCUGUUAUGUGUCAGGAGUUUUUUAUGCCUUUUACUGUAGUAAUUACUGGCGUCAAGUGUACUUGAUCACUGUGCUUGCUAUGAUCUUGGCAGUAUUCUUUGCUCAGAUUCACCCCAAUUACCUCACUCAGCAAUGGCACAGACUGCGUUCGGUCAUUUUCUGCUCUGUGUCAGGCUAUGGAAUCAUUCCUACCAUCCACUGGAUUUGGCUUAAUGGAGGUGUCACAGCAUCUAUUGUGCAGGAGUUUGCCCCCCGUGUGAUUGUGAUGUACUUAAUAGCCAUCAUAGCAUUUCUCUUCUAUAUUUCUAAAGUCCCAGAAAGAUAUUUUCCAGGGCAGUUAAACUACCUCGGCUCUAGCCACCAACUCUGGCACGUUCUUGCUGUGGUGAUGUUGUAUUGGUGGCACCAGUCUACCAUGUACAUCAUGCAGUACAGACACAGCAAGCCUUGCCUCGACUAGAGCAGCGCACCCAGGUGCAUCAAGAAUUUCAUCAUUGUAUCGAAGUUCUGACAUUGAAUGUCUGCAUUUCAUGCUGAGUUCAGGAGCAACAGCCAAGCAGCAGUUCACUUUGAAUCCUCUUUCUUUUAGGAGUAGUAUGUUAAAAGGCAUUCCUGAGAUCACUGAUCUCUGUCAGCUGAAUGACUAUUUGUUCACUGAGGACAGCGAAAGAGCUGCAGAUAUUUGGGUCAAAAAAGUCACUUUUCUUUGAACUACUGAUAUAUAAAUUAUAAUGAGACUUGUAUGUGGAGACUAUUUAUGCUAUAAACAAGAAAAGUUCUCUAAAAUGCAUGCAUAUGAAGUUCUUGUGACAAAUUUGCAUGCUGGGAUCUCACUUGAAAAUCCAUGUUGUUAACUGUACCCUUUUAAUGUGCUCUGUGUCCUUGCACUGAUGUUUCAUUUGAAAAACUUCAAAUAUAAUACAGAUUUUUAUUGGAUUUCCUUUUCCUUUCAAUAAAAGAGAGUCUGCCAUA